UGUGUGCACGAGCUGUGGGUUUCAAUUCAGAAGCCACUGAAGAAAGUUACAGUAAACACUUGAACCCAUGGGCCUGUUCUUGUCCUUUCAGAAAAAUUCCCACCCCAAGUUGUUCCCGGGGGACAUCGUGGAAUAUCCCAGGAACAGAUACUUCUCCCACUUCGGGGUGUACUACGGCGAGCGGGACGGCGUUCCCUACGUCGCCCAUCUGACGUGUCGAGAUUCAGACACUGUCCUCCCGCUGUUUGGCCGAGCUCUGAGGUCCGAGAUCAAACUGGAUCCGCUGGACAUGCUGGGGGAGAAAUACAAGGUCAACAACAUGCUGGACGGCUUGCAUCCGGCCCGAGACUUCCACAGUGUGGUGAAGCCGGCCAUCGACGACAUGAUGGGCCGCGAGGUCACGUUCGACAUCCUGUUCCACAACAGCGAGCACCAGGCGACGCUCUUCAGAUACGGCGUGAAGAAGUCGGAGCAGAUCGAGGCGAUCUACAAGCACGUCAUGCCGUCCUGGAAGAAGCUGCUGGAGAGGAAACAGCUGUGAGGGCUCAGAUCAGCCAGCAGAGGGCGCCACCACUCUCUGCAGCAGCAUCUCCGGAUAUCACAGCCAGAGGGGACUUUUCUGAAAGGAAUCCUUCCUUCCAACCUUCCUUCCC